AUGGAUAAAAUCUGCCGCACUCAGCUUCCGGACUCGUCGUCAUCGCCGCCACUGAGCGGAAUCGGCUUCCACAGCUUUGAUGACGAGCUGAUUGCCGACCUGCCGUCCUGCGUGUACGCCAACCAUCAUCAGCUUGGGGCGGGCAGCAGCAAUGGCAAUGGUUCCGUUGCGGGCCACAGUAGCAACACCGGCGGACCGGGCCACAACCUGAACCUGAACAACUCCGGCAACCUACGGCUGAACCCGAACAGCCUGCGUCAAAUGCAGCACCAGUAUUUGCACCACACGGAAUGUCUAGACUCUUCGACGCCGCCGAGUCCUUCGCUGUCGACCAACAUGAGCCAUCCGUACAAUCCGGCCCCGUACAAGAUGCAACGUCAGCAGACCAAUGUCCGCGAACGGAAGCGUAUGAUGCGCUCCGCCCCGAAUGGCAGCAUUAACUCAGCGUUCGAUGAGCUGCGCGUGCACGUGCCCACGUUCCCGUACGAGAAACGGCUCAGCAAAAUCGACACGCUCCGGCUAGCGAUUGCGUACAUAGCGUUGUUGCGUGAGGUCCUGGAAGCGGACUACGAUCCACUGACGUACGUCGAAAAGUGCCUCCGUGGCGAAAUCAAGGCUGAUCGAGCGCACUGGAACACGAGCGAUCUCACCGCGCGACUGUCGUGGAUCAAUUGGGAAAAUCUUGGCGUUCAUCCCGGUCGGCGUACCAUACUGACUUCGCUGGCGUUGGGCUCAUCGGAGAGCCUGGCAUGUGGACCCCCACCGCAUCUUAUCUAGACCUAGGGUAGGGGUCUCUCGUCUCGUUUCGAUGUCUUCCGUUCGUUUCUAGUCGUCGUUUGCCAACAGAUACAACUAUUGGUUUGCUACUUUUACAGUAUUCACAUUGCUCGUCUAUUGGUGGUUUACAAGAAGCACCCUAAAGAAAAGAAUAUCUCACCAAUAAAAUCGUAGAAUAGAACGCACCCGAUUGUUGCUGUUUCAAACAAUUCAAAAACAUAUAUUUUCAUCG